AUGCAUUCCGUCACAGUAUACGCCCUUGGCGUCGCUUUCAUCAGUUUCGUCCUCUACACAUUCCUCCAGGCCGUCUCAAAAUACAACGCCAAAUACAAUCCUCGUGGACUACCUGGACCAACCCUAGUACCAUGGCUCGGCAGAGUUCAUGAUCUUCCCAUUGAUUUCAUGUGGUUGAAGUUCAAGGAAUGGGGCGACAUGUAUGGACCGAUUUAUCGAACGAAGAUGCUGGGUUCGAACUUCAUUAUCAUCUCUGACGAGACAAUUGCGGAAGAGAUGUUGAUAAAGAAGGCAAAGUUAUACUCUGAUCGACCUGAGAUCAAGUCGUUGUUCGACGCGAAGAGCACGUACGGCUCCAUGGAAUAUCUACCCUUGAUGGGGAAGAAUCGUAAGACUGUCCAUUACCGCUCUGCUUCACAUGUUGCUAACAGCUGUUCAGAGUACUGGGCUCGUCAGCGGAAGUUCACACAUUCUUACCUCACUGGAGCGACCAAUGCCCAGUACUACGGAAUCAUGGAGCUCGAAGCGAAGCGAUGGCUAUACAGACUGGUCGAGGACCCUGAUGACUUCGCCUUCUCGCUCGAGGAUAUGUGUUCCAAGGUCAUGUGCCAGUUAACAUGGGACGAUGAUUCACUGAGCGUGCCUCUCACCCCUAGUGCCUGGGGUCUUCUAACCCAGAUGUCACCUGCCGGCCCCAUCACCAACGUGCUGACACCACUCUGGGAUUACGUUCCGGAACCCAUUAACCCGUGGAAACUUCGAGAGCGCAAGCGCCAUGACGAGCAGCAAGCGUGGUUCAUGGACUGUCUGCAGAAGACUCGUAGGUUGAUGGAAAAGGGUAAGCAGCGUCCCUGCUUCACCCGAACGUAUCUCGAGACAGCGGAGAAGACGAGCAUCUCUGGUGAUUAUGAAGCUUCUUCGGUCAUCGGAAUGAUGGCACUUGUCGGUAUCUUCACCGUUGCCGGGCCACUAUACUACUUCUUGGUGGCAAUGGUACACCAUCCAGAGUGGCAGAUUAAGUGCCAGGAGGAGAUCGAUCAAGUUUGUGGAAGCCAUCCCCCUGCCGUCGCCGACUUGCCCAAUCUGCCAAUCCUUCGUGCUUGCAUCAAGGAAACAAUGAGGUGGAAGCCAACUGUCCCCACUGGUGUUGCUCAUGAAUGCGAGGCCGACGAUUGGUUCCGAGGGUACUUUAUCCCCAAGGGCACGCGUAUCCUCCCACUGGAUUGGGCGUUCCUCCGCAACCCUGUCAAGUACCCUGACCCAGAUUCCUACCGCCCUGAACGAUGGCUUGAAUCCGGCUGGCCAACGUUCCAGGAACCCCUCACCAAAUAUCCCGACAUUGUAGGCAUGACUUCGUUUGGUUGGGGCCAGCGACAAUGUCUUGGAAUGUCCAUCACCCGUGACGAGACUGUUACUGGGUGUGGAGGUCUCAUGUGGGCUUUCAACUUAAAGAGAAAGGUCCAUCCGGUAACAGGAGAAGAAAUCGAGGUGCCACUAGAGAAGUCGAACUCGCUCCUUAUCAUCAAACCGGAUCCAUUUGAGAUGGCGUUCGAGCCGCGAAGUGCCACCCGGAAGGCCGAAGUGAUUGCGCAAUGGAAGGCGGCCGAAGCAAAGGACUUGGAGAAGAGGGCCACUUUCCUGAGGCAGGCGGAGACGAGGGAGGUUUUGAAUGGUUUGUAG